AUGGAAAAAUAUGGACAAAUGUAUAAGAAAUCUAUUAAUGAUCCUGCAAGUUAUUGGUCGGACAUGGCAAAGGAUUUUGUUUUUAAAUAUAGCGAACAAAGGGUUUUAAAAUUCAACUUUGACAUUUUGAAAGGACCUAUUUCAAUUAAAUUUAUGGAGGGCGCACUGACAAACGUGUGCUACAAUAUUCUGGACAGGAAUAUUAAUAAAGGUCUUGGUCAUCACAUUGCCUAUUAUUGGGAGGGCAAUGAGCCAGAUACUAGACGACAAAUAAAUUAUCAUAAUUUAUUGCGAGAAGUAUGUAAAUUUGCAAAUGUCCUCAAAUCGCUGGGAAUUCAAAUGGGCGACACAAUCGCCAUAUAUAUGCCAAACUCUAUUGAAUUGGUGACCGCAAUGUUAGGCUGCGCUCGCAUAGGGGCCAUACAUACCGUUGUGUUUGCUGGAUUCUCGGCUGAAGCCUUAGCUGAUCGCAUAAUAGAUGCAAAUUGUGUCAUGCUAAUUACAUGUGACGGAGCGUACCGGGGUACUAAAUUUAUACCAUUAAAAGGUAUAGCAGAUUUAGCCAUAACUUUAUGUAAUAAAAGUGGACAUAGCAUUAAAGCUUGCAUUGUAAAACGGCACGUGGAUAUAAACUACCAGGAUGAAAUGAAUAACAAAUGUUCACAUUUAUUAAUCAAAUGGGACCAUAAGGUCGAUAUCUGGUGGCACGAGGCCUUGGAAAUGGCUGAUGAUUACUGCGCACCGGUAUGGCUGGACACUGAGCACCCGCUUUUCAUACUAUACACAAGUGGUAGCACUGGAAAGCCAAAAGGUGUGGUCCACAGCACCGGUGGUUACAUGAUAUACACGGCCACGACAUUCAAGUAUGUCUUCAACCACACCGAUGGGGACGUCUUCUUCUGUACGGCCGACUUGGGAUGGAUUACCGGACACACGGCUAGCGUUUAUGGCGCACUGGCCAAUGGCGCUACAGUCGUACUGCUCGAGGGGACGCCUUUCCACCCAAACCCCGACAGAUUGUGGCAAUUAAUAGACGACCUGCGGGUCAACACCUUUUAUACGGCGCCGACAGUCAUCCGAUCGCUCAUGAAGUUUGGCGACAAAUACGUCCAAAAAUAUAAAUUAAGUUCACUUAAGCUUUUAGGGACAGCCGGUGAGCCCAUUAAUCCGGAGGCCUGGCAUUGGUUUUAUAUUAUAAUUGGAAAAGGCAACUGUCCCAUA